ACCUCCUCCCGCCCCGAUCAUCUCCGCGAGCUGUCAUCAUCCUCAUCCUCAUCGGUGUUGUGACAUAACGGCCAAAAGAGGACACAUUACCCCCCGAAAAUAACAUUAUUGAGAGAUAAGGCGUCGCAGAGAUGGCGCUGAUCGCGAAAAUGUUCGGAGGAGGCAAAGGAGGCAAAGGACCGAGCACUCAGGAGGCGAUCCAGAAACUCCGAGACACCGAGGAGAUGCUCACCAAGAAGCAGGAAUUUCUGGAGAAGAAGAUCGAGCAGGAACUGGCUCUGGCGAAAAAGCACGGGACCAAAAAUAAACGCGCGGCGAUCCAGGCACUGAAGAGGAAGAAGAGAUACGAGAAGCAGCUGGAGCAGAUCGACGGCACUCUGUCCACCAUCGAGUUCCAGCGCGACUCUCUGGAAAACGCCAACACCAACACAGAGGUCCUGAAGAACAUGGGCUAUGCUGCCAAGGCCAUGAAGGCGGCACAUGACAUGGACAUCGAUAAAGUGGACGACCUGAUGGCGGACAUCUCAGAGCAGAGAGAACUGGCCCAGGAGAUUUCUGAGGCCAUUUCCAAACCGGUGUCGUAUGGAGAGGACUUCGACGAGGAUGAGUUGUUAGCUGAGUUGGACGAGCUGCAGCAGGAGGAUUUGGACAAAAACCUUCUGGAGAUCGGGGGACCAGAGACGACUCCUCUGCCCAACGUGCCUUCCACCUCCCUCCCCAACAGACCAGCCAAGAAAGACGAAGAUGAAGAUGACAUGGAGGGUCUGCAGCGCUGGGCUCUGGAGGCCAUGUAACAGAACCAGAACAGCACCACACUUUACUUUUCACAGAAGAAGAAGAAGAAGAAGAGUGGAGAGGAGGGAUGGAGAGAAGAGGAGGAGAGGACAGAGACUGAGGCGCUGUACCUUUUUAUUUCUGUGGUACAACUCUGAAGGAGCAGGUUCUCUCUCUUCAUUAUUAUUAUUUUAUGAUAUUUUAACCCUCUUGUGUCUAACCCAAACUAGCACUUGAAGGCCCAUUUACCCGGGCUCCUUCUUAAAGCGCAUAUGACAGGUUAGACUCACGCCGUCAGAAGUAUCACAAACCAGAUACCAAUCGAUAUUAAAACCAUAUCAAAACUAGACACUCACUGGAGCAGGUAUCGAUACUAAAACGUCACAUUCACACAGAAAUGAGCCUUUACUGAAAAGCUUUCGAGUGAUUUUGAGCUGAAUCAGGACUAUAAAACUAUGGAUUUAAGCAAAGGAACUUGUGAUUCGAUAUAUUGUGAGAGCCCAUGAUACAGCAGUCCCUCAUUUAUCGUGAGGGUUAUGUUCUAAAACUAACCCGUGACAGGUGAAAUCCGUGGAGUUCUGUAAAACCUCUGUCUGUAAAGUCUGUAAAACCCCUCAGCACAAACUUUGUACACUUUUCUCACACAGGACAGUUACAACAAUUUUUACAUCCUUCUUAAAACUUAUUGCUGCUGUCGUCCUUUUGUUAUUUUCCUCCUUCUUUAUGUAACGAACCGAAGAUUCAUUUAUUCUGUAAUGGAGCCCUACAGCUCCACACAGAAUCCUGCAUGGGUCCAUUUUUGGAGAGCCACACCCGUGCAGUACAGGACCACACCUGCCCAUUAACCUGAGAUUAUAUCAAACUUUUGCGCUGCAUAUGCCACGGACUGAACCAAGUCUAAACCAGGACUAGCCCAGGACUAACCUAGGACUGAUUCCAGGACUGAAGAGGAGGACUUAACCAGGACUAAACCAGAACUGAUACAGGACUCACUGUUGAGACGGGCUCGAAUGUGACCACAAGAGAAAGGACCAGCUCAGCUUCACACCUCACGGAGGUAAACACGGCCGUCGCCUGAUCGCGCUUUAUGGACACCCUGCUGAGCAGGCUCUCUCUCUUAAGUCCUGGUUUCAGCAACUAUUUUCGGGUACACGACCCGGUGCAGGACUCUGCUACAGCGCGUAAUCUCUCCCUUCCUUCAGCGUAUCCAGAAGUCAAAUUUUUUGUGCGAUGGUUACAUCUUCCUCUGCCUUUUGGGUGCGAGCGCAGGAGCCUUUGUCAGUGCAAAACGUUUCGUUGACAUUGUGGGUUUUGUGGGGAUAAAACUUGCAAACAUACAGCACUUCAGAAUCACUCUGAUAGAGAUCCAACAUUUAUGUAAAUUUGGCUGAACACAUUCUGUAGUGUACAGGAGACAGGAGUCUCUUAGCCAAUCAGGACGCAGCGGGAGGAACACAGUACACGUUCAUACACUGUAAAAAAAAAAGGCAUGCAAAAUUGCAAAAAAAAAAUCCACGAAACAGCAAGACCGCGAAAAGUGAACUGCGAUAUAGCAAGGGAUGACUGUAAAAAACGUAUCUUUUCAUGUUGUUUGCACUGAAACGAAUCAUGGGAUAUGUAAUUCCCGAUGUUUAUAAGUUGUUGCUACUAUAAAACCUGCAUUUAAGAAAAGCAUCUUGUGAUUCGAUAUAUUGUGACAGCCCACGAUAUUAUUGUGAGACUUUUGACGAUACAAUAUCACGAUAUUUCGGUUAUUGUUACAUCCCUACAGGCUAUGGAUUUAACAAACGUUGGAUUUUUCGCUUCGUUCCUCAGUUGUGACGCUUCGACCAAUCAGAUUCAAAUAGAUAAUGUGUAGACUCCAUCCAGACCUCUACACACAUGAAUCUGGUGUGUUGACAGCAAGUGACGUUUCCCUCCAAACCAAGUCAGAAUUAUAAAAACGUGAAAACCUGUCAUAUGCACUUUAAGCACCUGCUGUGGUCUGAAGAUGGCAGCUUUAACUGACGUUUAGUGCGUCAAAGGAAAUAUGAAUUAUUAGUAUUAUUAAUAUUCACUUCUUGUGUAACACGCCGUUUGAUCCUGUUUUAUCCCUCGUGCGGACGGUCGCCAGUGGUUCUUGAACGCAUCACUCCCCCCUCACUGUUUCUGUUUGUAAAAAUUGACCUUUUUCACAACGGCUGAAAGUGCUGCGAUGUAAGGUAAACGUCACUUAUGUUAAAGCUUUUCUAUGGCAAAAUAUCUGUGGAAUUGUCUUAUUUUCCACCAGCUUCAUUAAUCUGCCCCAUCACCAAAUCUUCAUCCAACAAGGUCCACAAAGGAUAAAUAUUCUGUCCAUGAAAAAUGUAUCCAAAACUAUCAACGUAAGAAAGACGAUUCAAUACGGUUUUACAUGAUAUAUUUCAAAUCGAUUCAAUACGGUUCAAUAAAAAAUAAAGUCUAAAUCAUGUCUGUGAUACUAAAAGUUUUUGUUAAACCACUUCUUGUGCGAAGUUCAUAUGAAACACAAACAUUUUACUCAUCAAAACAGUGAAAAUGUCAAAAGUGUCGCAUAAGUGAGUUUCCUUCCUCUGAACAAGCAACAAAACUGUAGCGCUGUAACAAAAAAUUUGGGAAAAUAUUGAGGAUUUGCGUGUGAUGUGGCCGUCGUGUAAUUUAAUGUUUUGGCGGUCAAACUGGAGGUCAGGGUUCGGGUUGAUCUGGAUGGUGUUUUUCAGUUACAGUAUAAUCCUGGCGACUUUAAACAACUCAAACGACAUAAAACUGGCUGAAAUCACCAGCUCUUUAGAUCAGCUUCAUUAGAAAUGUAUAAAGCUAAAGUCAUCCUCCUGGGUUGUAGAAUAAAUCCCCAUCUAAUUCUGACAGACCGCUUUGUCAGUCUAAUCAACGGUCACUCUGUGCCCAACUUCCAGUAUCUGUUUUUUUCAUGUUAGAGCUUCUUUCACAGGAAAUAAGCAAACGUUUUGCUUUAUCUUUCGCUGGCGAUGAGGUGUACGUGAAUAAUGAGGGGAUGUAAUCUGGUGAAAGUGGGUUAUUAUUCUUCAUACCUACGAGAAAAAAAAUACUUUUGGUAUUUAUCAUUUCAUUUAGUGUAAAUCCCUUCUUCAUUUGUGUGGAGAUGUUCCCUCACCAGAAAUGAAAUGUUGAUUGCACAAAUGAUUGUACUCAGUGGGCUCCAUCUCUUUUUUCAUGUCACUCUCCACCUUUGUCUGCGAUUUUUAUCAGCCAGGAUCCGAUAGAAAGGUUUUUUUUCGCUCCUUCUUUAGCAAAUUGACUCCGGGCAGAACAUCCAACAGCAACACAGGUCAAAACCAUUGUUAUUCAAUUUAAAUUUUAUCACACACAAAUACUACACGUUGGUCCAGAUGGAUAGUUUGACCUCCAAUAUGGCGACAUAAACACCAGGUCACACGUGGUUUUGUGACAUAGAUGCAAAACCUUACUACCAAAAAAUACUCUUGGCAAUAUAUCGAUGCAGCCGCCCACAAUAUCAAUACUGUAUCAUCCAAUUAAAAAAUGCGAUAUGUCGAUAUUUCAAUAUUUCUGCACAGCCUUACUGGUUAUAAUGGAAGGGCAUUUGACAUACAAAAAUUCCAACUUUUUCCCAGACCACAGUUUGAGAACCACUGUCCGAUUUUGUCUUUGUGUGAAUUCUGAACAAAUGAAGCAUGCACUGGUGGAAUAAGCUAACCUCGAUUUGACCUGUUUGUGUUUUAUUGUGUUUUCAUUUCAAAUAUUCCUGUUGAUUUUGUGUAAAUAGAAACCACGCGCUCCUGUUUUCACUAAUGAUUUUAUUUAGAUGAACUGUCGGCAGCAUGUAACCCGGCCUCGGGUCAAAUGCACAGUUAAAUACGAAGCCAUUUUUAAUUUGUCAUGAAGUCACACUGAACUCCUCUUGUCAGACUAAUACAAUGGAGCCAUUUGUUUUAGUUUGUUAAAGCCAUAACAAUGUACAUGAAGCUUAAUGGACUGAGUGACGAGUAAGCAUGUUUUCAUUUCUGUUUGAGAGAGUAUUUUCAAAAUCAUUAAAAUAAUUUAAUUGUU